CCGAAUAAAAGUAUGGUUUACGUGAAAUCACUGCUCCGCAGAGCCGACAAUUUUAUGUAUAUUGUGAAGAAGAGCUCAGAAGCACGAGCGGCUCUUUUGGUGGAUUUGGUGAAUGAGGAGGAUUAUAAAGAGCUUGCUGAUAAGGAAAAUAUCGAUAUAACAGCAGUACUAACCACCCAUCACCACUAUGAUCAUUGUGGUGGAAAUGAAGGAUUUCGUCGUCAAUUCCCGAAUGUCAUGAUUCUCGGUGGAGAUUCAAGGAUUCCGGCAAUGGAUCGGCACGUGAAGCAUGGUGAUAUGGCAGAGUUCGCUGGGCUUCAGAUAAAAUGUCUAUCCACUCCAUGUCACACAUCCGGUCACAUCUGCUACCACAUCACAAAUCCUGCCGCAGAUUCCACUUCCCCUGGAGUCGUUUUCACCGGUGACACCCUAUUCAUCGCCGGUUGUGGGCGGUUCUUCGAGGGCACGGCACCACAAAUGGACGUGGCACUCAACGAAAUUCUCAAAAAUCUUCCAGUCGAGACCCAAAUAUUUCCGGGACACGAGUACACUGUCGCCAACCUGAAAUUCGCGUGCCACGUGGAACCUGGCAACGAGAAAGCUGCUCAGAAGCUCGAGUGGGCUCAACGACAAAUUGAGCAGGGUGGAUUUACGGUUCCGAGUACUGUAGCUGAGGAAAAAGCAACGAAUCCAUUUAUGAGGGUACGGGAAUCUGAGGAAAUUCAAAAAUCGAUUGGGACAUGCGAUGCGGUCGUGGGAAUGGCCAAAUUGAGAGAAAUGAAGAAUAAAUUCUAAUUUUUUUUUUGGUUUUUUAAUAUAAUUUUCUUGAAAAUUUAAGCUUUUUUCAUUGUAAAAUUAUCUAAAUUUUGGAAAAAAAAUUAAAAAAAAAAACAAGAAAAAGUGUUUUUUAAAAGAAAUUUUGUAAUUUGUAUUUAUGGAAAAAAUUAGCAAAAGAAUUUUUUUCAGAAUUUUUUUUUUCGAAAUUUCAAUGAACAUUUGAGGAAUUUU